AUGGAUAGAAGUGCAAUAAUUAAUAAUGAUAUAUUGAAGAAGAGAAAAAUAUUGAGAAGUAUUCAAAUUAGGAUGAAUUCAGUAUUCCAUCAGAAAAAAUCAAAUGCUGAUCCAGAUGACAAGGAUACAAUCUAUGAAAAGGCUAAAGCAUACUGGGCAUCCGUAUCUUGUAAUGUAGACGGUAUGCUUGGAGGCUUCGCUCAUCUGCAUGUACCCGACAUUCAUGCUUCAAAACAAUUUAUUAAUCUGUUGAAAGCUAAAGGAACGCUGACAAAAUUUGAACGAGCUGUUGACUGUGGUUGUGGCAUAGGACGUGUUACCAAGCAUCUCUUAUUACCAUUAUUUGAAUCAGUGGAUAUGGUAGAUGUUACCGAAAGUUUUAUUCAAGAAUCUGCCAACUACAUUGGUAAAGAGAACAGUAGAAUUGGUAAUAAAUUGGUAUGCAGUUUGCAACAAUUCGAACCAUUAUCUUGUCAUUAUGAUCUUAUAUGGAUACAAUGGGUUACUGGUCAUCUGACUGAUGACGAUUUUAGUAAAUUCCUCCGAAGAUGUAAGGAAGGUUUGAAAGAAAAUGGUUCUAUUAUUCUAAAGGAGAACGUUUCAUCCUCUGAAGAUCGAUAUGAUUUUGAUGAAGAAGAUAAUAGUUGGACGCGUCCCAAGUAUGCAUUAUUGCAGCUCUUUCAAAAUGUCGGCCUUACAUUAAUGGCCGAGAAGAAGCAACAGAAUUUUCCGAAAGGAAUGCUUUCUGUAUAUAUGUUUGCAUUGCGAUGA